UCAACUUCUCAUCUAGUUAUAAAAUGCCCACUUCUUGCAUCUAAACCUUUGUCUCAAAACCAACAAAAACACCAAAUACCAUCCACUGUGUGUUUCACUCCCACAAAUGGGAUUAUUAUACAUCUGUUUCUCCGUCAUCGUGUUAACCUUGUACCAUGGAGUAGUUGUCAAUAGCGGAAUUACGAGCUCUUUCGUUAGACAAGAAGCUAAAUCCGUCGACAUGCCUUUCACUAGCGACGUAUUUAUUCAUCCUCCCGGUUACAAUGCCCCUCAACAGGUGCAUAUAACGCAGGGAGAUCACGUGGGUAGAGCAGUGAUCGUGUCUUGGGUGACUCAAGAUGAACCGGGUUCAUCCACUGUGGUCUAUUGGGCCGACAAGAGCCACCAAAAACAAAAUGCCACAGGCAGAAUCACCACCUACAAAUACUAUAAUUACACUUCUGGAUUCAUUCAUCAUAGCAUAAUCAAGAAUUUAGAGUUUGACACCAAGUACCAUUACGAGGUUGGAACCGGUCACACGACAAGGCGGUUCUGGUUCAUGACUCCCCCAGCAGUCGGACCGGACGUCCCCUACACUUUUGGGCUCAUGGGGGAUCUUGGACAAACUUACGACUCGAAUCUUACACUCACACAUUAUGAAAUGAACCCGGUGAAAGGGCAAGCAGUGUUGUUCGUUGGGGACCUGUCUUACGCCGAUCACUAUACGUUCCAUGACAAUUCGAGGUGGGACAGUUGGGGGAGGUUUGCCGAACGGAGUACGGCUUAUCAACCGUGGAUUUGGACUGCUGGCAAUCACGAGCUCGAUUAUGAGCCCAGUAUAGGUGAAACCAAGCCGUUUAAGCCGUUUCUUCAUCGAUACCGAACUCCCUUCCGAUCGUCCGGAAGCACCGAACCGCUUUGGUAUUCAAUCAAGCGAGCUUCGGCUUACGUCAUCGUAUUGUCUUCCUACUCAGCUUACGGUAUGUACACCCCACAAUACCAAUGGCUACUUGAGGAGUUCCCAAAGGUGAAUAGAAGUGAAACACCAUGGUUGAUUGUUCUUAUGCAUUCACCAUGGUACAAUAGUAAUAGUUACCACUUCAUGGAGGGUGAGACCAUGCGAGUCAUGUUCGAGCCAUGGUUUGUGCAGUACAAAGUCGAUCUUGUGUUUGCCGGUCAUGUUCAUGCUUACGAACGCUCAGAACGUAUAUCGAAUAUCGCUUACAACAUUGUGAACGGGGAAUGCACACCGGUAGUUGACCAAUCUGCCCCUGUGUAUAUAACCAUCGGCGAUGGCGGUAACAUUGAAGGCUUAGCAAACAACAUGACCGAGCCACAACCGAAGUAUUCGGCAUAUCGAGAAGCGAGCUUCGGGCAUGCAACGUUAGAGAUAAAGAACCGGACACACGCGUAUUAUAAUUGGCACCGAAACUCAGACGGAUACGCAGUUCGAGCCGACUCGGUGAUGUUCUUCAACCGAUAUUGGCAUCCCAAAGACGAUUCGACUUCCAAAACCUAAUCACACUAGACAACAAAAACAAACGGGAUCAAUAGCAACAUAGAUUAUGAGUCAAUUUUUAUGUAUCUUUGCUAUAAAAUUUCACAUAAAUUGCAUGUUUGUGUUGUUGUAUCUCUUGUUAUCAAGAUGCAUUCGCCUCAA